AUGAAGCCAGAUAGAAGAGGUAGUGGCCCGUCAACUUCACAAGGUGGACAAGCAGCAUAUCGAAAUGGAAAAGACAUCACUAACCCAAGAGACUGGUAUUGUUUGUUAUCUGAAAAGGUUUGCUGUAAACAUGGUAUCUAUGGUUUCAAUCACCCAGAAGAUAACUCCUUUCUUCCUCAGUUAGCACAAGAGCUAGACCUAUCUUACGAUGUAGCGAAGUCAUCUUACGCUGGAGGAUCUACUUUCCGACGUUCUUCCAUUAGCAAGAGCAGUUCUGCUUAUCAACAUGAUUCACCAAUCAAACGCCACUCAACUCGAUUGUUCGAUCUGUCACCGUCCAUGGAAUCAACAUGGACCAGUUUCUACAAGAAGCAAGAACUAGAAACCCAAAAGAAGAAACCAAGCCGUGUAACAUUUCUAGAUGUACCAGAUUACAAGCGAUCAGUUUCGUUUCCCAAACUUAAAGGUGUAAAAACCAAGGGUAUAAUUCCAGAAACCAGUGUGAUCGAAAAUGAAAACCUUGCUCACAGCCACAACGAAAAUUUGGAGGAGUGGUUUUCUCAGAUGCCAGACGAAACUACAACGAAGGCUAAACGCAAAGUCAUGGAACAAGAUAUACAAGAAAGUGUGUUGAAAAAGGGUGUCCAUACCAAUGUUCCCAUUCCUAAGAUGACCAAGAGCUUCAAGGAAAGCAUGAGCAACUUCCCACCAUGCUAUAAAGAUUUGCGUUCUGUGAAUACCGAGGAACCAAUUCUUAUCGAUAGAGACAUUUACAAACUUCAACUCAAAUCGCUGUUCAAGCUUAAUAAUGGGAAUCCAUCGAUGAUCGAUAGAUUAGAUAAGAAAAAGCGAGAGUACAUUGUCGUAUCACCAGUGCCUCGGGAAGAUUUUGUUUAUCACCGCGAGAACGUCGACUCGCCUUCUCCCAGCGACCAUGACUCAGAAAGUGCAUUGGGAUUCGAUCCCGAAGAAUGUCAAUUGUUCAUCGUCAGCACCAAACGCAGUGUCCCUCAGGAAUCAGACUCUAACCAAUCUUUCCAUCAUGCGAGCAUGCCAAGACAGAAAAGAUUAAAACGUCUGAAAAAUGUGUACGGUACGAAGCCCAUGAGCAGGUUCCAACAAUACGCCGAGUCGAAGGACAGUUGCGAAUCUGGAACGACAUUGUUGAGUCUUGGUGAAAACCAGUACAAUCCUCUUACGAGGCAACCGAAACACAUUCGAGAAACUCUCAGACGACAAGAACACAAGGUCGAUACUCCGGUUGUGGUCGAUAAUGAUUCACUUCCCAUCAGCGAAGAAGUAGAAUCUAAAGAAAACAUUGCUACCUCACCCAGGGACUUUGAUAAAAAGAAAUUAGCCCGACUUGCCAAAUAUAAACCGUUAGAACCAUUCAGUGAAAACCGCCGGAUGCUAAGUCCGGUAAGCGACUUCAAAAUUGUUGAGUUCAGCAAACGAAAAGAAAUUCCUCGAUUACACCAUCCUGUGUUCAAAUUGGACCUGAAAUGUUAUUCCCCUUAUUUCGAAAUUCCCAAUAAUGAUGACAAUGCCGAGUUCAAAACAAUCGAAGAUUUAAUUCCUCUAAAAAUUGAAAAAGGCGUGGUGAUUGUAGGGAGUGCAAAAAGUGCCAAAAGCAGUCAUCGAUGCGUCAAUUAA